CGUAAAUUAUAACUUGCCAGUAAGCUAUUUAUAGUUAAGCAGUUAUCCUACUUUAACAUUGAACAACAGAUCUCUAAAUGAAAUUUAGCCUAUAACACGACCACCCUCCUAUCAAUUAGAAAGACACAGAUUUCCAGUUCGCUAGCAAAUACUGCUACUUCGCGUGGCGUCCCCUCAGGCUCAUAUUUUAAUAAUGUAUGCUACUUGCGUUGUUUUCUGGACUGAAACGAGUUAAUUUAUAAUAGGGUGUAGCCUGUAGGCUACUGUUACCAAACAACGGUAGCCUGCUGGGAGUUGUUUCUUGAAGAGGUUUGUAGCGAAGUAUCACGUUAAGUAUUUACUGCGCAGUUUCUGGGCUCAUCGGCGCGAAACCCCUGCUUGUAAUAUGGCCAGCUCAGCAGGCAAUAGUGGCCAAUUCGUGGUCGUCACACAGGUGUACCCUCAGCAAUGUGGUCCUACUGUACCAGCUUUCGGCCCUACCCCACAUGUUUUCUCUGUGUUGGGAAAGUUUCUGAAAGGAGAUACGAAGGCACUGGGGACAGUGCAAAUAAUGAUUGGAGUGCUGAACAUAUUAUUUGGCAUCGUAAUGGCCGUCUAUGCUGACAGCAUUGGUGUUUACUCUGGGAUUGUUUUCUGGGGAGCACUUAUUUACAUUUCCUCAGGAGCUCUGAGUGUUGCUGCUUACAACAAACUGAACAAGUGCCUGGUGAAAGGAGCCCUCGUGAUGAACGUCUUCAGUACAAUCACUGCUGGCUUUGCUAUCAUCAUUUUCUCUCUAGAUUUGGUGAUACGAACGAGAUUUUACUACUGCUAUGACAGUGACCAUUCGUCCAGCAACAGCUUUUGUGAACAGCUUUGGAUUUUACAAGAGUCUAGAUCACGUGGGAUCUCAGGAGUGCUCUUGGUUUUCUCCAUCCUGGAGUUCAUCAUCUCCAUCUGUGUCUCAGCAUUUGCCUGCAAAGCUGUGUGUCACUGCUUCUCAGGGCAAGUGGUAUAUAUACCACACCCAAACAAUGUCGCACCAGGAAACCUCAUCCCAGCACCAAGUAAUCAUGAGAUGGCAGUUCCACAUAUUUUGGGGCAAAGUGUGAUGGGCAGCAAGGAAACAGAGAGGCCUCCUGCUUAUGCUGAGGUCGUUCCAUGAAAGAGAGGUCAUAGUGGUCACAGGCAUUACUGGUGAUGUUCCUACACAUUUUCUGGUAAUGCUAUUUGAGAAGAACUUCUAUAUAAUAACAACAUCAGCUGCUUUUUCAUAACCAACAAAGAUCAAUUAGGUUUGUUGUACUUAGCGCUUUCUAUAAUAUAUUCCAUUAUAUAUUUACAGCGCUUACCGACAGCGUCAUGCAUAUUAUGAAAUAUCUUACUGAAUGUAUGUUACCAAUUAUAUAGAACAGGGCCUCUCUACAGUUAGGAAGGCUAAACAUGUUUUGGUUGCAUUAGGUCUGUAGCCAUGGAAUAAAAUCUGCUUUUAAUGUGUAAUGAAGUACAAAUGACAGACUGUGCCUAAAAAUAAAAAUUUUAAAUUUCAAAA